AUGGAGCGCUACGGCGAGGCGGCGUUGAACGCGGUCCCUGUGCCUGACUUCAGGCAAAAUGAGGGUUCAUUAACAUCAACUUUAAGAACACUUCUAUUCUUCACAGCUCUAAUGAUUACAUUACCUGUUGGGCUGUAUUUUUCAUCAAAGGCUUAUAUAUUUGAAGGUACCUUAGGAAUGUCCGACAGAGACAGCUAUUUUUAUGCUGCCAUAGUUGCUGUAGUUACUGUUCACGUGGUACUUGCUCUCUUUGUAUAUGUAGCGUGGAACGAGGGUUCUCGACAGUGGCGGGAAGGCAAACAGGACUAGAACGAAGAUCGUCAUCCUCUGAUGCCUCCAGACCGUAAAUCAAACUUUUGUGAGCUGAAGGAAAAGCAUUCUUCAAAAUGUGUAAUACACGUGUACAAAGAUGAGGCUAAUGCCUCAGCUCUGGUUAGAAUAAGACUUGUGCUCGUCUUGAAUGUGUACCAGUGUUUUCUCUAAUGCUGAUGGAAGUUGUUCUUUAGCCAGCCUCUACUAGGUCGAGCUGAGGAGGUCUUCACCUGGAAUUAGAAUGAAAUAGUUACAUAUUUUUGAAAAAAUCCGGUAGCUAUUUUUGCCAUUCCUAGUAUUUUUCUGGCUUGCUCUGAAAAGAAUAUUGGCAUAUUUCCGAGCAUUACAUUUUUGAGUAAUUAAAUUGCUAGUUAAAAAAGCUGCAUUACUCACUAUCCAACAGCAGUGGAAAAGAUGGGAUUUCACUUUGCUGGGGAUAGUUUCCCGAUGUAUGGGUGUCGUGGUUUAACCCCAGCUGGCAACUAAGCCCCACACAGCCGCUCGCUCACUGGCCCCCAGUGGGAUGGGGGAGAGAUUCGGGAGGGUAAAAGUAAGAAAACUCGUGGGUUGAGAUAAAGACAGUUUAAUAGGUAAAGCAAAAGCCGCGCACACAGGCAAAGCAAAACAAGGAAUUUAUUCCCAUCGGCAGGCAGGUGUUCAGCCAUCUCCAGGAAAGCAGGGCUCCAUCAUGCCUAACGAUGACUUUGACUUGGGAAGACAAACGCCAUCACUCCGAACAUCCCCCCUUCCGUCUU